AUGGGUUUAUACUUGAUAAUUUCUUGUGUUGUUGAUUGUUUAUGCAUGACUGGUUGUUUGAUGUUCUACAAGCAAUAAUGUUUUUAUUGGUUAUCCAUUUCAUUGAUUCACUUCAUGAUUGUUUUGUAUUCUUUGUGUUCUGUCUUUAAUCUCUCAAUGAUUAUUUCUUUUAAUAUACAGAUUCAUCCAUACUGUAAUGCUGUCAUCCACCAGUAUGUUCUUACGAAGUCUACAGUCAAUGCUGACCAUUGCACUUGUUUGUGGGAUCUUCUGGAGUCCACUUCAAACAGCCUGUACAACAGUUCCUUCAUCAACCGAAAACAAUCCCUGUGAGCUAAGGAGGAAGUGUCAUAACAAUCCAAUCCUCUACCAUAACUACCAGAAGUGCAUCAUCUGUACUGGACGAGAACUUGCUGUCUUCCCCAAGGGUUUGGACCCUGAACGGAUUGCCAGUGCGGCAGAGCUGCGAGAGAAUAACCUUUCUGUGAUACAGGAAUCUGACUUAGCUAACUUCUCCAGAUUGUACUACCUUGAUCUAUCAGUCAACGUCAUCACCACCUUACAUGAUGGUUGGGCAGAUAAUCUUUCCAGGUUACAGUACCUCUACCUGAGUAACAAUGAGCUGAGAAGCAUAAGAAAUGGUACUUUCACUGGCCUUUUUAGAUUGCAGUACUUGCACCUCGAUGGUAAUUCAAUUACAGCAUUGCCAAGCCAGGCCUUCGGACAAUUGCCACAACUGCAGGUGGUGCACUUGCAACGGAAUUCGCUACAAAUGUUAUCAGGAGAUGCCUUCCUUGGUUUGAAGCAGUUGAGGAAGUUGAAUCUUGGAAAUAACCGACUCAGGAUGUUGUUACCGGACUCACUGACAGGACUGCAGGUUUUGAAUGAACUUAUUCUGAGUGAAAAUCUCUUUUCCGAGGUCCCUGUAUUGGGAUUGGCUUCCCUUGUUGGCUUGCAGCACCUUCGCCUGGACGGAAAUAUGAUUGAAGAAUUGCCAAGGAGUGCCUUUGUCAACCUCAGAGGAUUGAUUGAGUUGACAGUGGCGUCGAAUAAUAUUAUUAUGUUACAUGGUGGCUGGUGUGAAGGUCUAGGAAUGCUCCAAUAUAUCAAUAUCUCUAACAACAAAGUAGAAACCUUGUCAGCAGACACCUUCCAAUCUUGUCCAAAUAUCGUUAUCAUUGACUUCAGUUACAACCAUCUUAAUGGUGUACCAGAAAGUAUCUUCAGGCCUCUGCAGAACCACCAUGCUGUCGAUUUACAUUUCAACAAGCUCACAUUCCUGCCACAACUAGAAAUUGCAAAUGACAGCCUGGUUACAGACAUCAGACUGGGAGGGAACCCGCUUUAUUGUGACUGCUUGAUCUCUUGGCUAAAAGACUGGAUGGGCUUGGGCAGGAUUUCAGAAAUAAGGUUCAGCCCAGAUGAUCUCUUCCUGAAGGGUCACUAUGCAGAGCUGAACAAAGCAUCAGCUUUCCUUGAUGCGGCAUGCACCAAACCAGAUAAUCUGUCGGGCAAGCGCAUCAGCAAUAUAUCUGCAGAAAGUUUCACUUGCUCAUCGACUCCCCAGGCUUUGGAUCUUUCAUCUGUUUUACCUGACCUUACAGGUUCCUUAGAAUAUUCGAUCAGAAGCACAAUCAAAACUUCCACAAUGUCCGAUGAUGCAGUCCAAGUCAAGUUUGAUGUAAAGAUGGGCAUCAUAGUGUUCUUGGCUGUACUCUCUUUUGUGCUUAUGGUUAUUCUGGUCUUGGUAGUCUUUCCAAGGCCAGUCUGCAGGUGGAGAGAACAGGUUUAUUUCUAUAUCAGUGAACCUCCUUUGCCUGCGCGUUAUCAAAAUGUUGGUUACAAAGUGGCAGACUCAAGCACAGGUAUGGAUGACUCAACAUCGCUCGUGCUCAUUGAUGUGAAGAUCAAAGACAGCAAGAAUACGGAAUUCCAGAAUGAUUUAGAUCAAGUUAGUACCCCUAAUCCUCAAAAAUCAUUUGGAGAAUCAGAACUAUCUGGGCCACUUGAAAACAAGGAUUCCGAUUGUCACUUCUAUAACGGGAGAAACACAAUCAGCAGCGCUGGUGGAAAACAAUGGAGCGUUAGAGUGCACUCUUCUCAUCAAGAUCUUAGCCGCCCUCUGUGCCAUGAUGCUCUGCAGUCUUCAUGUAAUCUUCAUGGUCAGUUUGGAAUCUGCAAGCCAGUUACCGAGCUGCGGAGAUAUCACCAAGCCCUGGAAAGGGAAGCAACUGCAAGCUUAGCCAGGGGUGUUAUUUUGGAGCACAUGCGUCAAUGCUGCACUUCUCACAAGUCGAGCAACACUAUUCCCCGAAGAGGCAAAGAAAGUUUUACUGGAACAGCACAAACCAAACCACAUGGACACUUGCUCUGCAACCAACCACUAGGAGUACACUGCUCAAGUAUUGAAGAUAUUGGAGUGAUGUCUCGAAAAGAGCAGUACCUUCAUCAGGGAUGCGACGAUUCAUCAAGGAAGUUCCCGGUACAGAAAGAUAAGGCAUCAACACGGAGCCUCUCAUCCAGAGUCAUACCAAAGUCUUUCACCAAUAAUGAAGCCACUUCCUUGGUGGCUGACAAUCAUGAUGGGAUAUUCAGUAGUGGCAAGUCUCAAAGACUCUCCUGUCCAGUGGAUGAUUGGCCAUCAACCACUUGCCUGCAGGACACUCAAACUGACACAGGGAUGGUCGGUACAUCAUUGACCACAAGUUGUCGUCGCAGCCGGAGUGUUCGGGAACCUAAAAGACCAAGAAACCAAACAUCAUACAGAGCGCCAUAUCGACAAAUGAGUUGGCAUGGCAACAGGCCAUUUGCCUAUCAAAGAAACCAUUGUGAAGUGGACAGAGAUUACACAGAUAAUCAAACCAGUAGACACAUGCCAAGACCCCCUGCACCCCUACCGAGACCUCAAGCAACUUUGAGAAAUGCAGAUGAUACUGUCGAAGAGCAAUUGGCACAUCAGUUUACCAACAAGAAAAGUAAAGAGAAAGGUGCAAUCAGCACAGAAUCAGAUGGUCUUAAGGUCCAAUUCAAAGAAUAUGAAAAUGGAGAAGAGGGCUUAUACUUUGAACCUAUAGAGUAAUCAUGGAAGGUUAUUGAUUUUAAGUGAUUUAAGUGAAUUUAAAAGAACAUUAUGUGACCCUCAAUCAAUUUAGUUUGUUUGGAAGUUUUUUUCCCCUAUCUACUGAAAUCUAUUUCAUGUACAUAUGUAUUAUAGAGAACAUUUCUUUUAUGAAAUAAGGUUUUAGCUUCAACAAGAUAUUCCUUUUGUGAUUCUUUAAUCAGGACAAUUCUUGUAUCAAGGUUGUUGGCCAUUACCAGAUACAGAGAAUAAAACUCAAGGUUAUACAUGUAUCUUCGAAAUACAUUUAUCAAUGGAUCUAAACAAUAAUUAUUUACUAUGCCCAUGGACCUACUAGGUCCAUGCUGUGCCCCAACAUCAAAAGAAGGAAAGAUACUUAUUUUGUAUAUUUAGAGGAAAAUACAUCCUUUUCAUUUU